CGCGAAGCGCGCGCGAUGGUUCUAAUAUAUGUAUAUAUAUAUACACACAUGGCUCAAGGUUUCGAGGGACCGUCGCCGGCCUCCCAAGGCUCCCUUCGGGCGUCUCUCGUUCUGUCAGCUCUGCACAUCAGCAGACGGCAUGAUGCGCCGUUGCACGUCUCACAGCGUCGGCGCGCUACUCCUGCUGCUGGUAGCGCGCGGCGCCCCGAGCGCCAGAUCGCCGGCGAGCGGGACGCUGGCCCGCCCGAGGCUGGAGGGCUCGGCAAGCGGUCGCCCUCGCGAGCCGCAGGCCGAGUUCGGCAGGCGGCAGGCUACCAGCGGCGCGCAGUUGCUCAAGCUCUUGGCGGGUGAUGGGGUCGCCUGGAACGGGUUCGGUAAAUCGGUGGCCGUGAGCUCCGACGGGGCCCGCGUGGUGGUGGGGGCUGACUGCUACUACAACGACGACCGUGCGGGCUCCGCGUACGUGCUCGACGGGGCCACUGGCGAGAGGCUGCUCAAGCUUGUGGCGAGUGAUGGGGCCGUUUCGGACAAAUUCGGUAUCUCGGUGGCCGUGAGCUCCGACGGGGCCCGCGUGGUGGUGGGGGCCUCUGGUGACGACCACCAGGGGAUAAAUGCCGGCUCCGCGUACGUGCUCGACGGUACCACCGGCGAGAGGCUGCUCAAGCUUGUGGCGAGUGAUGGGGCCAAUUUUGCCAGAUUCGGUGUCUCGGUGGCCGUGAGCUCCGACGGGGCCCGCGUGGUGGUGGGGGCCUCUGGUUCUGGCGCCGCGUACGUCCUCGACGGGGCCAUUGGCGAGAGGCUGCUCAAGCUUGUGGCAAGUGAUGGGGCCGUUUCGGACAAAUUCGGUAUCUCGGUGGCCGUGAGCUCCGACGGGGCCCGCGUGGUGGUGGGGGCCUCUGGUGACGACAGCAAUACUGGCGCCGCGUACGUGCUCCACGGUACCACCGGCGAGAGGCUGCUCAAGCUUGUGGCGAGUGAUGGGGCCCCUUAUGACAGAUUCGGUGUCUCGGUGGCCGUGAGCUCCGACGGGGCCCGCGUGGUGGUGGGGGCCAGUACUGACGACGACCAGGGCGACAACUCUGGCGCCGCGUACGUGUUCGACGGUACCACCGGCGAGAGGCUGCUCAAGCUUGUGGCGAGUGAUGGGACCGAAUACCACAAGUUUGGUAAUUCGGUGGCCGUGAGCUCCGACGGGGCCCGCGUGGUGGUGGGGGCCUACUAUGACGACGAUCAGGGCGACAAAUCUGGCGCCGCGUACGUGUUCGACUUCAUCGUCACCACCGAGACCGAGACAACAGCCACGACGACCACCGAUACGGGCACGAGUUCCGCGACGUCAAGCGCUACUACCAUCAUCAAGACAACCACCGAGACAACAACUGAGACGACCACCGCGACGACAACUGAGACGACCACCGCGACGACCACCAAGACGGCCACGACGACCACCGAUACGGGCACGAGUUCGGACACGUCAAACAACACAGCCACCACCGAGCCAUGGGGAUUAAUUGUAGUCGUCGCUGGUGUCUUGAUCUUGUUCUUGGUCUGCGGCGUCGCGCUGGGCUGCCUGGUGACGCGCGGAUGUCCUGGCCGUGGCAGGAGCCCAACACCCGAGCGCGGCAUUGACAACGCGGAAGUUGAGGACAAUGAGUCGCAGCAGGUCGCGGAGAUCUAGCACGACGCGGAGGUUGAGGCCUUCUUAUAAGCUCCCUCCCUCCUCCUCGCUCCCAUCAUAGCAUCAGUAACUGCCUAGUCUGGUCCGACACAUGCGGCACAGUCUUCUUGUAAGGUUGCGGCUACAUUCCUGAAGAGGACAGCCGACUACAUCAUGGCAGCCCCAACCCUUUGGCGCUCGAGCGCCACGUUUUCCCACGCACCAGUGCCUAGAUCGCCCCACAU